AUGACCACAAGUAUAAAAACCUGCUUCAAGACCAAUUUGUACACCACAACCGAAAUGACUUGCUCUCGAUUAAUGGAUUCUAUUUCUUCAGCUUGCUCUCGAUUAAUGGAUUCUAUUUCUGCAGCUUGCUCUCGGUUAAUGGAUUCUAUUUCUGCAGCGUGCUCUCGAUUAAUUACAGUUGAAAAUG